UGCUACCGUCAUGGCUAGCUCACAGCAACGCGAGACUCCCUCCCCUGACGAUGGUCAAGCAGAAAUCAAUCGCGCCGACCAGUAUACCAUCGGCUGGAUCUGCGCCUUGCCGAUCGAGCUGGCAGCAGCUGUAAAGAUGCUGGACCAAGAACAUCAACGUCUGCCGCUACCUUCCAGCGAUGAUAACUCCUACCGUUUCGGAUGCAUCGGUGACCACAACAUCGUUAUUGGUUGUCUUCCAUCGGGUCGUACUGGUCUCGUUUCUGCCUCCAGUGUUGCUGUACAGAUGAUGUCCGCGUUUCGUCAAAUUCGCGUGGGUCUGAUGGUUGGUAUAGGAGGGGGUGUACCCAGUGAAGACAAUGAUAUUCGCUUGGGCGAUAUCGUUGUGAGCCAUCCUAAUGGCCAACAUGGUGGAGUGGCCCAAUACGACUUUGGCAAGGCUCGUCCUGAUGGAAUCUUCGAGCGUACAGGAUCUUUGAACGCUCCACCAAAUGCCCUCCUCACUGCUCUCACCGAUGUUAGAGCCGCCGAAGAGAUGGACGAGCUCAAGAUAGUCGACUACCUUUCGCGACUGACUGACCGACUCCCACCAUACGCGUACCCGUCGAAGCUUACUGACUGCCUGUUUCAACCACAGUACUCGCACGUUGGCGGGAGGAACUGCUUUGGAUGCGGCUCUGAGAACUCGGUGGAUCGCGAAGAGAGAGACACCAAAGAACCGAGAAUCCAUUAUGGCACCAUCGCUUCUGGUAAUAGGGUCAUGAAAGAUGCAAUUGAGAGGGACAAAAUCAGCCAAGAUUUGGGUGGCGUUCUCUGCUUUGAGAUGGAAGCCGCAGGCUUGAUGAACAAUUUUCCAUGUCUGGUCAUCCGCGGUAUUUCGGAUUACUCCGACUCUCACAAAAAUGAUGGCUGGCAACGUUACGCAUCCGCUACUGCCGCCGCGUUUGCUAAGGACCUUCUAUAUCAUCUUGCUUCUACCAGGAUCAAUCAGAUUGAGCCCAUUAGCCAAGCUAUGAAUCAGAUGGCUUCGAUGCUGACCAGGAAUUUCGAGAUGGUUGAACGAACGAACCAAGAGAUUGGCAGAGCCAACGAACGGGAGAUUUUAGAGUGGUUGUCACCCUCGCUGAAGCUUUCAAGAAUUCAAAAUGUCACCCGAGAUUGUCGAGUACAUGAAACCGGAAACUGGUUCAUACAAGACUCUAGGUAUUCUACAUGGUUCCAAGCCGGUGGCCUGGUCUGGUUGCAUGGUGUUGCGGGUUGUGGAAAAACCGUGCUGAGCUCCAGAAUCAUCGAUGAUCUCAAAGAACGAUGUAUAUCACUAUCAAACACUCGGAUUGCGUACUGGUACUUCCAAUUCAGCGAUUCAUCAACACAGGACAUAUCUUAUAUGCUUCGUUCCAUUCUCAGACAGCUGGCUUCCUCCCCUUUGCCAGGUCGACUUCGUCGCCUUUGGAGCCAGCAUUGCCAGAACCAGAGUGAACCUUCCCGCGCUGAACUGCUCGACGUGAUCUCAGACAUUGUGAAUCGCCAUGAAGUAGUUUGCCUGGUGCUCGACGCGCUAGACGAAUAUCCAGCCGAUAAGUCUCCCGGAAGGCUCACUCUACUAGAGACCAUCCAACAAUUGAUGAUCUUGUGUGCCCCGUCUUUACGUUGUUUAGUCACCAGCAGAAGGGAACCCGAUAUCUGGAAGUCACUCCAGAGUGUCGCUUCCUGUGUCAUCGAUAUUGAACCGGCCAUCAAGGAAGAUGUCGCGAAACUUGUAGCCUUUGCCCUCCAGCAAUACUCAAUUCGACGAUGGGGCGAUACAAUUCUCGACUUGAUUGCCACGAAGCUACUCGACGCAGAAGAAAGGUGGACAGAUCUUCAGAUCAGGCGACUUUGUGCCUGUCCAACAGAAGAUGACUUAUUGACUGCUCUCGACACGAUUCCAGAAUCUUUGGAGGAAGCCUAUCAUCAAGCAUUGGCAACGAUACCGAGCACCCUGCAGGAGCGAGUCAGGAAAAUCCUGAUCUGGUUAGCAUCGUCUUUUCGAGAGAUGACAUCUCGUGAGAUCGCCGCGGUUGUCUCGUUCCCCUUUGUCGACGAUGUUCUGAAAAUCUGCACAAGCCUUCUGGUCACGGUGAUAGAUGGGGAUACCCAUGAGACGAUCAAACUCGCCCACUUUACUGUGAAAGAGUUCUUGAUAGUUCAACAAAUCUACGAUGAGAGCCUUUACUGGUACAAGUUUACAGCUCAGCUAGCACAUCGCUGCAUCACCGACCAAAUCAUCCACUACGUCUUCCCAUCUUCGAUAUCAUUUCCCAAGGCUCUCCGUCCUUACGCAGAAGGAUUCUGGUUGGCUCAUGCUAGACAAAACGACGCAACCACGGAUUGGGCCGAGACUCAGCUUCUGGUCGAUUGCAUCCUCAAACAUGACAACAUCUUGUUCAGAGAUUGGCUGAGGGCCAAUCAUCCUGCGGAGGCCUGUGCGCAAUCGCCGCUCUACUAUGCAUCCUUGCUCGGCCUUGAGGUAAGCGUCAUGAAUCUCUGGCGAGAGCUACUCCCCGGCAGAAACGAGAACGAGAUCCUUGGAAGUACAGUCACCACUGCCGCUAGAAUGGGUCAUGUGAAAAUCGUCCGGUGGCUAGUCGGGCAAAGUCAGGAUGUCACCAGCUACAUAGACCUCCCUCGCAUCGUGGAAUGUCUGCGGGUCAACAUUCACGAAACACUGUGCGACCUUUUGCAAAAGAGGCCAAAGAUAUCGCUUUCGGCUGGAGCGAUUUAUGCUGCUACUAAGAAUACUUCAGGUGAAGUCAUCUUGGAAGUGCUUCUUGACCAAGAGCUGGUCACACUAGCAAUCACUGAAGACAUCAUCGAAGCAGCUGCACACAAUCACUGGAACCGUAAAAUCUUGGAUAUGCUUGUGUGGAGGCGAGUCAGAGAAUUUCCCGUCACUCUUCGAGCAUUACUAGCUGUCGCUAAAACUUCUUUACUGGCGCUAGAGAUGCUCAUGGAUCAUCGCAGAGAUGACAUAAGCUUCAGGGACCACGACUACUCAGCCCUCGCCUUGGAGCAAUCGGUUUAUACACUUCAAAAAUUGCUCUCUCAAGGAGUCAAUGUUCCUAUCACCCCAGCACUGAUAAAGUCGGUGGCUCGAUCGCCUUGCGGAUCUGAGAUGCUGGAACUCCUUCUCGAUCAUUGCGCGCCAACACAUUCACUCUCGAAACGCGAAGUAUAUGCAGUAGCAGCAUGCUUCGAUCUCAAGAUUCUCAUCAGGUUGAUGGCUUUCCAGUGGGAUGAGGACGUCAAUCUCAAUGACCUUUCUCAAUGCAUAGCUUACAGCUGCUACAUUGAACCCCCAAAGCGGACCAGGCUGUCCGAACGUGCUUUUGAUCGUUUCGGCAAGGUCCAUAGAGACUACCGCCCGACACUGAGGCGCCCGAGUCCAGAUGUUAAGAACACUGCUCUGAGAUUGCUGUUGGUGAAAGCUGGGUCCACGUUACGCUUCACUAAGGAAUUCUUUAGCCUUGUCGCAACCCGUUUUGCAAUUAUGCUAGACCAUUCUGUAGGCGAGCCUAUCUUUGCUGACGCCACUGGCCACUCAAAGAUGCUUAAUCCGUCCGACUUCUUAGUAUGCAUCAAUCGACAAGCUUCCGAACAUCGUAUCCCUGAGGAACUUCUGUGUUACCUGCAAUCUAUGUGGAAGUUCGAUAUAUCAUCUGACUCUUCCAGCACCCAACCCGAUCCGCAUUCAUCGAAACAAGGAGACUCGGUGAGCAUAUUUGUCGAAUCGUAUCCAGCCUUGCUUCAACACCAUAUAUAUUCUGACGCGGAUUAUGAUUCGCAGUUCACCGUCUUCCUUCCAUCAGUAUCAAUUUCAAAGGAGUCGGACCACAUAACUGCUGUAGAUGACCCUGAUCUGAUAGAACCGGAGGGUCAUGCGCUCAAGACUUCUGAUCUGUAUGUGCCUGUUUGUGAGCCAUAUCAGUGCCAAAUGGCGCAAUGCGCUGAGCUUCCAAGCUUCAUAUACUCUUUUGAUCUGCUUCGCCAUCAACGCGAAGUUCACGGUAUGCAUGGCGGCCCUGAAGAGCAGCUCUUCUGUCCUGUCGAGCACUGUAAGCGACACACCGCGCAGGGAUUCACGCGUCGUGAGAACCUGGAGGAGCAUCUUCGCCGGGUGCAUAAGCUUCGAUAGUACAGGGGCUGCUGCGCAAGACAUUUGCAUAUCUGGUCUAACCCCACCUGAUCACGAUUUUGAAGAUUUAUUCCAAGCGAAUUAACACAAGCGCCUGAGAUUUGGGAGUCACAGUG